CUCAGUUUGUUACGAUUCGUUGAUUAUUAAUGCUUGCAGAUCGUGAUAUCCGCUGCGCUUUUGAAUAUUUUUUUGCAGGAAAUAAAUUGAAUAUCUUGUGAUUUGCUGGAAAAAACCAAAGGGAAGAAGAAGCAGAGCAGCAAAAAGAAUCGCCGUGUUCUCCACCAUUUUCCGCCAUUUUGAAAGCUACGAGUGUAAAAUAUAGUGAUUCGUCAGGGAACGCGUUGCUCUUAAAGAUUUGCGAAAAUUUUUAAAUAAAAGCAUCAAUAAUAACGAAAAUAAGUGGAAUUUGUUGGUGGGUCACCCACGCAAGUGUUUGUGUAUGAAAAAUAGUCGUUGAAAAGUUGUGUUUGCUCGAUUUAUUCGAGAAAAAAUUUCAGUUCUGUACCAGCGAAAAGGGCUAACCAAACGCAGAAAAACGCAAGCCUUCCGCAAGUGAGCGAGUAGCAACACCAAAUCCACGGUCUGUCGCCGCGGCCGUAAAAACUAAAAAAGGCUGAACCUUAAAACUGCAACUGAAAAAAAGUUUGCUAAUAUAUUAUAAUCUAAAAGUUUGUUGACGUGUCUGUUGAUAAAAAUUGAAACUGCAAGUUGUCGCGCAUUCUUUCUUGGUUUCGUUUUUAGACUUGGCCACAGUUGCAGAACAUAUUUAAGUCGGUCAAUAAGUACAUACAUAGUGGCCAUUCAACAAAUCGUUUCGUGAAUGUUGUCCCAUUAAAAUAGUGAAACCUAAAUGUGUUAAAAUGGAUAAUUUGACAUGAUGAAAUUGAAGGGGUUAUCUAUGAAGAUCGCACAUUAUUUGUAAUCGCUGUGUCAAUUGAAACGUCAAAAAACAGAAAAAAACCAUCCUUUAAUCGUAACAGAGCAGAAGUUACAAAAGAAAGUGCAAGCAUACACAUAAGUCCUUGCCUGGUUGGGAGAACCGAGAAACAGCAAUUCAUCACAUUUUUUUUAAGGCCAAAAUUUUAUAUUAUUUAUAAAGGAACAUAUAUAUAUACAAACAUAUAUACGCAGAAUUGAGAAGCGAAAACUUAGACAUAGAAAAAUUCGGUAUAAAACACAAUGGACAAAAAUAUGAUGUUGCCGAAGCGUUCACGCUUAGACGUGAAGGGGACAUUCGCAAAUGGACCAUUGCAGGCACGUCCAUUGGUGGCUUUGCUAGACGGCCGUGAUUGUUCGAUUGAAAUGCCUAUACUGAAAGACGUGGCCACAGUGGCCUUCUGCGACGCACAAAGUACAUCAGAGAUUCAUGAAAAGGUUCUAAAUGAAGCUGUUGGCGCACUGAUGUGGCAUACCAUAAUUCUUACAAAAGAGGAUUUAGAAAAAUUCAAAGCUUUACGUAUCAUAGUGCGGAUUGGCAGCGGUACGGACAAUAUCGAUGUGAAAGCAGCGGGCGAACUCGGUAUUGCCGUUUGUAAUGUACCCGGUUAUGGGGUUGAAGAAGUGGCAGAUACAACAAUGUGCUUGAUACUGAAUUUGUAUCGAAGAACCUACUGGCUGGCGAACAUGGUUCGCGAAGGCAAAAAGUUUACCGGGCCUGAACAAGUGCGAGAAGCAGCGCAUGGUUGCGCUAGAAUUCGGGGAGACACCUUAGGUCUAGUAGGACUUGGUCGCAUUGGCAGUGCUGUUGCAUUGCGAGCAAAAGCAUUUGGCUUUAAUGUUAUAUUUUACGAUCCUUAUCUUCCGGAUGGUAUUGACAAAUCGCUUGGUUUAACUCGUGUCUACACCCUACAAGAUUUGCUAUUUCAAUCGGAUUGUGUGUCGUUGCACUGCACACUCAACGAGCAUAACCACCACUUAAUCAAUGAAUUCACAAUUAAACAGAUGCGACCUGGUGCAUUUUUGGUAAAUACAGCACGAGGCGGGCUGGUCGAUGACGAGACCUUGGCUUUGGCUCUGAAACAAGGCAGAAUAAGAGCUGCAGCUUUAGAUGUUCACGAAAACGAGCCCUACAAUGUAUUCCAAGGAGCCCUUAAAGACGCUCCAAAUCUUAUAUGUACACCACAUGCAGCCUUCUUCAGCGAUGCAUCCGCAACAGAGUUGCGUGAAAUGGCAGCAACGGAGAUACGACGGGCAAUAGUCGGCAAUAUUCCAGACGUCUUAAGGAAUUGUGUUAAUAAGGAAUACUUCUUGCGAACACCGGCUGUAGCUGCUGCUGCUGCAGCUGCGGCAGUGUACUCAGAAGGUAAACUACAAAUAUUAUCAAAUCCAGAAAAGUGAAAGUAAUAUUUUAACGUAAACGUAAUAUUAAUGAAAAAUCAACAAAACAAAAAAGGAAAUAGAAGAGAAACAUUGCAAAUUAUAAUAAGCGCGAAAAUUUAAAUAAAGUAAACAGGUUAAAAUACAAUUAAAAAUUAAAAAAAAACACCACAAAAAUAGAGUUAAAAUAAAUAAUAUUGAGUGUAAUGAUAGCUGCAACCUAAAACAGAUUAAUACAUACAGUAUAUUAAAACACUUAAAAAGCAACAAAGAAGAAAAGAUAAACAAAAAUCCAACAGUAGUAGGAAACAUAAUAAGGACUAUUUAAGAAUCUAACUUAAAUGCGAAUUUGCAAAAAGAAAAUGAGAAAUAUACAAUUAGCUUAGUGCAUAGAACCCCAAUACCAACAACAAAGAAAAACAAGCAAAACAAUAAAAGAGAUAAAACGACACACUGCAUAUGACGAAGCAGGAAGAAAAGAAAUGAAUUUCUUUCAAAUCAAAUUAAUUAGGUUUAUAGCAGCGCAGCAGUAGCGGAAACAUACGCAAGGCAUAUAUGUUUCCAAUUCCUUAAUAAUUAAAGUCAUGCAGUUGUACAAUACAUGAGCUUAGUAAUGUGUGUGUACAUAUGUACAAUACAUAGGUGUAUUUAUGUCCAUACUUAUUUAAUCCCUUCAUUCGCUUAUGACCUCUAUAUACAUCCUUACAUAUGAUUUAAUGCAUAUAUACAUAAUAAAGUUAUAUAUGUAUGUAUAUCGGAAAAAUCGGUGCGAUAGUGGAGGAGUUUGUCGAAAGUAGAGUCAGGAGGUCAGUCAAAGGCACAAAAACAUAGGCGGCGGUUUGGUUAAACGCAAUACUAAUUGCUUUUAUUUGUAGAAGUCGUUACUUUUCCAGUGUUUGUUACAUACUGCCCAUCAAAAUUUGGGUAUAUUUUGAAGUUUAUAACCGUGCUUGAUGAGCAAUAUAACGCCCUUGCUUUUAUACGUGUCAGUGUAUGUGAAUUAACUAAAAAAAAUCCGAGUAUAAGCCCGAACCCGUGCACUCUUUUAUUUGUUGUUCUAAUUUGCUUUGCAUUUUUUAACAUCUUACAUACGAAAAAUAAUUUUUUGAAAUUUUGAGAAUGUGUUUAAUGUUUCUUGUGUUUUUUUUUUGUUUUUCUGUCGAAAUUUCAUUAGUUAGUAUCUUAUUCAUGUGCGCAGAGUUCACAUUUAUUCCGUUUUCGCUCCAACUUUUCGCAUAAAAUUCUUAUAUAAAAGUGUUACCUUUCCUUAAGUGGUUUUCCAUAAAAUACAUUUACAUAAACUUGCAUUAGUUAUAUAAAGCUUUUUCAAUCACUCGUAAAUUUAGCAAAAACUAUUCCUAUCUUCGGUAUUUAUUUUCAUCUUAAAUGAGUCAUUCGAGUUAACUCCCGCAGUUAUAAUAAUAAUUUUUCCGAUUAAAAAAUGCGUUGUCAUGGUAAAGAGUCUUUAAUGUUGUUAAAAUGCAUGAAGGAACAUAAAUUUUCAAUUAAAACAAAUCUCCGGCAAAUUACACUUAUAAUUAAAGUUUAUGAAGAACAGAUUGAAACUAACGCAGAACUGGUUCAUUAGGGAUUGGUAAUGGUUCUCCUCUAUUCCGUUUAACUGUCUACUUACUUCAUUUUAAUAAAUUCUAUAGGGAAAAGAAAAUUUGUAACUAAGCUCGCGUUUGUUCCGCGGCGGCAAAAGUGGCUGGGUUAGCUCAUUCUUGGGCCAUUUAAAGGUUUUGUGCUCGUUUAUUUGGAACGGAAAAUAUUUUAAAUUUUUAACUCAUUACUUAUUAUUCUUUGUUUUUAUGCAAUCAAAUACAUCAAUCAUUCAUAUAACUAACUUAUUUAAUUUAAAUAGUUUUUAAAAUGCGAAUGCAAUGUAACACAUUUUUAUUGAAUUCGAAAAACAACUUCGCGUUUUCACCUAUAUUCAAACCAAAAAAAUUGCUGCAUCAUAAACCGUAGUGGUUACUGUCGUAGAAGUACAGUUUUGAGUUUUUACUUUCAAAAUAUAAGCGGUACUGAUUAGCUGGAUUUUGCGCUAGUAUCAAAUUCUUUGUAAGGCUUAUUUAGUCCUUCCAGCCGGAAAUUCGGCAGAUUUCUGAAUAUCUAAUUUCUCUGUCCAAAUUUUUGGUUUCGGCGAUUAAACAAGCCGAAUUUAACGCAUACAUACUUAUGCAUACAUGGGCACAAAAAAUCCUAAGCUUGAAGUGCAAACGUUCAUUCUAUUCAUUUUUUUAUAUAUAAAAUCAUCAGUUCAUCCUCCAAUUUUUUUUGCUUAUUAUGUGUUUUAUGGAAAACAUUUAAAUCCGUUGUUUAGAAAAUUAAUUUUUCGUUUCAACCUACUGCAAUACAUAUAGGAAGUGCUUUUAUUUUUAAAGCGAUUGUUUUUUAAUGCCAUAGUUGAACAAUUUUGUGAGUGCAGAGAAAGCAUAGCUAAGUGAGUUUGAUUUUCUUGUCUUAUUUUUCCCUUAUGAAACAAAUACUCUCAUAUAAGUCACUCUUGCAGCAGAUAAUUUUUCCUUAUUUUUUGGCGUUACGCUAUUGAAUAAUUCUUUAUUACCAGCCAAUUUGUAAAGAACAAAGUUUUGAGGGCAUUCAUGAAAUAUUUAAACAAAAAAAUCGCAUGGUAUGCGACCGGCUUUUGGAGUGCAUAUCGAUAUAAGAGAAAGAAGGAAGUUCGUUGAACGCAAGCAGGAUAUUAAACAAUAUGAUCUUGUGUGUUAAUGAAUGUUUAUUGUAAGCGUGUGUCUUAUUCAUUAUUGUAAAUUGCAAAGAUCGUAUAUAAACCGUAAAAUAUGAUAAACGUAUGCAUAUCUAUAAUUUUGUAAGCAGCUGUAUAACUGUGCACUCAAUGAUCACUUAAAUUCUAUAUUCCUUUAAUGUAUAUGUUAUAAUCAAUGAAAACAAAAAUUUACUGACUUUCAGAAGGCAAAUAAAAAUUUUGUAGUUGUUAGAACAAUUUAUAUUCAAUUUCAAUUCAACUUAAACAUUUACUUUAUAUCGACCUGUAAGCGCGGGAAAAUACACAUACAAAAAAAUUUAUUUAUAUUUGUUUAAAUAUACAUACUUAGCGUAGAUGCUCGUAAGUUCUGUUUAGAAGAUUUUAAGCGUUGCAACAAUUAAAAUCUGCUCUAUUGAAUGAUCUCAUCAUCCUUGUUUAUUUUCGACUUCCAAUUGAACUUUAACAAAAAAUAUAUUUUCGUGUUUGGUGCAUAUAACACAUUUAAAUGUGUGUGUGUAUGUAAUUCAGCAAACGCGGUUCAAAAUGAAAUUGCCUGAAUUUGAACCUGGCACCGGAGUUGUAAAGUUUUAAGCGAAUUAUUAAGCAACAAAUGCAUAAACAAAUAGCAAGCAAGUUGGAAUUUUUAGGAAAGAACUACGACCAAACCGUUAUGUAUAAUGUGUCACACAACUGACAUUCUGAAUUCAGGAGCAAUAACGAAUGAAAAAUAGAAGCGAAAACAAAAAAAAAAGAAACAGCUGAAGUUUGCAACGAGAAGAAAGAUGAGCAAAGAUAUAUAAAGUAAAUUUUAACAUCUAACAUAAAAAGAAAUGAAAUAUAUUAAAACAGAAUAGGUUAUGUACAUUUAAAAUACUUUAAAUUUAAUAAUAUUAAUUUAGAGAUACGACUAUAUAAAAUUUAAAACUAAAGUAUAUAAACAAGAAAAUUAAAAACAAAAUAAAAACAGCAACAAAAAAUCAAUUUAUAAGUUCAGAAAAAAAGUUAAAAUGUAGUAGUUUAACGCAUAAAAAUAACAAUAUGGAGAGCAAGAACAGCAUACAAGCAUGUAUGUUUGCUCGAAUGAUAUAUUAAGCGUAUGUUUCGGCUAAUUUUCUCUAACGCAGCUGUUUUCGAUCACUGUAAAAUGCUGUUGGGAAGUGCACUCAAUUUUAAAUGAAAUAUAAAACAUAAUACAUACAUACGUAAAAUGCGCAAAUAUCUGUAAGUCAAUAGUUUUGUUCAUUUUCCAUGCACAUUGACAGUCACAAAGAGCAGCGGUAAGCCAAACAGGGUAGUACAGGUACUCAAAUCUUACUAGUUUGUAGUUCGUGCUUUUCUUUUCAUGUAACGUUCUUGGGUUUGUAACGUAUGCGUUGGUAGACUAUAUAUAUAAUUCGGACAACAUGUUUUGCAAUACUUAAAUGUUCUUCUUUUGAGAUAUACAAUAAAUAACCACCACUAAAUUCUUAAAUAAAUAGAGCUAUUUAAUGGUGAGCAUUUUUACCGCCUUAAAUUCAAAUGCUAUUUAAGCAUCAUUAACGAUAAAUUUAUUAUAUGUCACAGAGAAAAAUACGUACGUUUUAGCUUACAAAUUAGUAGUAUUUUACACAACAGGGUACAUAAUAAUGCUGCAAUCAGAAGUAGCAAAUGCAUAAGCAGGCAGGUGGUGUUCGAUCUUUUAACAACUCGUCUUUUUUUAUAUUGUAACUAUAAAUUUCCACUCUUCAAUGACACUAAGCAUAAAUGAUGCAUUUUUAAAACUUUAAGAAGAACGAAUAAAAAAUGGAAUGCUCAGUGUCGUUAGCGACUGUCGCGGUUUGUGUAAGAGUCGUAUACCACCAGCUACUUGCACACCAACACCACUACAACCACUACUGCAAUCACCACAUCUACAAUUAAUAGCAACGGAAUAUGUUUACUGAGCACCCUCUCCCACAUUGAGAAAAUUAAAAUAAAACAAAAAAAGUAUAAAAAGAAAAGAAAUUAUAUAUUAUAAGUAUAUGAGACACAUAAAAGUAUAAGUUAAAAUAAGGAUGAGUAAAUAUUGAAGAAAGAAACAAAAAACAACAGAUAAUCGAUCACAAUGAUGACGAUGAUAAUGAUGCAAAUGAAAGUGAAAUGAAAUGAAAACUGUUAUUUUGUAUUGUAUAAAUAUUUUUAAUAACUGUGAAAGCUAAAUAAAAUUAAACUUUUCCAGAGAAAAAAACAAAACAAAAAUAAACUAAAUUCUAAAAAAACAAA